UCAGCUCAUAGUCGCGCAUCGAGCUGCGGCUGCGACGAUCUCUCGCCGUGCUUCUUCUCUUGCCACCCUCAUCUUGCGCCGCUUGCUGACGCUCCUCUCGUCCACCUCCGCCUUCUCACCGUCCGCUCCGGCAGGACGCACGCCCUUCAGCUCGACCGCACGACGCCUCUGUCAAGAUAUCACUCACCACACCUGCCAUCCCGCGCCGCACAUCCUCGACGCCAAAGAUGGGCAUCGAUGUCGAGGCGCCGCUGGCACGCACGCCGGUGCGCCACAGCGUCGGCGUCAGCGAGCCGCGCGAGGGCAAGCUCGCCAAGCUGACGGGCCCUGACGAGGCGUCGCGCCGCGUCAGCACGGGCAUCGUCGACAACAGCGGCAGCGCAGCCGCUCGGCGCGCUCCUGCCCAGCCGCGUGAGGGCGAGGCGUCGCGCCGCGAGAGCACGCUCGAGCUGGCCGCGUUUCUCCGCGGCACCGGGCCCACUGGCGAGCCCAGCGGCCGGACUGUCGCCGACUACGAGGACGGUCUGCCGCCUGUGGCGCCGGCCGGCGCAGUGCGCAAGCGCAGCGGGUUCUUUAAGCUGCCGAUCCAGGCCAUUCAGACCAGCAUCGGCAUCGGCGGCUUCAGCGCGGGCAACGCCCGCGCAAGCUCGGCGCAGAGUCCGCCAUUCUCCUCCAAGUUCGAAGACGGCCUGCCGGGCGAGCAUCUCACCAAAAGGGUGCUGCCAAACGGCCGCUCGUACCUGACGACGGGCAGCCUGUCUGGCUCGCCGACGACAGGCUCGCUCAAGACAUCGCCAGGCAUCCUGCGCCACAAGGCGUCGGGCUCGAGCAGCAUCACGCCCUCGGUCAGCUCGCUCUCGGCCACUUGUCCAGUGACCAAGCCUGGCCGCCCGCGCUCAGCGACGUACAAUGGUGCGCCUCCCGUCGCAGACCUGCUGCAGCUGCUGCGCGAAGGUCCGGAUGCCGCUCGACGCUCAAAUGGAGCGGCAAAGCGCCGUAUGGGAAGCGGAGAGUCCGAAGAGGUGCCGCUGCCGCAGCGGCAGGCAUACGCGCCGCCGCAUCAGGCGCAGCCCGACCUGUCUCCUCGUGAAGCACAUCUGGAGCGCGAGGAGGUCAUGGCGCUGCCAGUCGCUAUUGCUGCUCGCACCUUUGCGCCGUCCGACUUUGGCCGUGCAGGAGGGCUGACGGCGCGCAGACGCGAGCGCACGUCGUCGGGCGCCACGGGCGUCUCUGACGAGCCGUCAGCCUCGCUCCCGAAGCGCGAUGGUCUGGUGUACGGCGCAGACGCACCGAACGGCCUGCCUCAUACGCCGCCCCUGUCGCGCGACCAGCUCUGCGGCAGCGAAGCGAGCAGCGCCAAAGCAAGAGCUCCAGCUCAGCCCGCUCGUCCAGUCGACAGCUCGCUGCUGCUGGCGAGCGGACAUGUACCCGCAGGCUUCGGACUCGUGCCCGCGCCGCCUCGUUCGCCGUCGAACCACUCGCCGCGGCCGGUAGCAAGCACGCACUCUGCGCCGCUCGCACCUGGCGAGGGCGAAGCAGGCGUGCCUCGAGCCGCGACACGCCGCUUCGGCUCGUCGCCGUGGGCGCCGCCGACGUCGGACCGCACGUUUGGCAGCGGCAUGUCGGACACGGCGCCCACUUCCGAGAGCCGUUCCAGCAUGACGAGCAAGCGCGCGAGCCUCAUGUACGAUGACAUGGCGGUGAUCAUGGGCUCGACGCCCGCCCAGCGGUCGUCCAAGCGCGCAAGCUCCUCGUGGCUGACCGAAGAGGAGCACGCCGAGCUCGUGAGCGAGCUCAAGCGCGUCGAAGCCGCGGCGAGGACGAGGCCCGGCAGCGCAAGGCCGCUCUCCGCAAACAGCAGCAAACGCUGGGAGGAGCGCAAGCGCCAGUCGAUGCGGCUGAUGCCCGCCGGCGCCGUCGGACCUUGGCACAAGGAAGGUCCACUGCCGGCGCUCGACUUGGCGCCGUCGCCGAGCGGGCUGCCGCCGAUGCUUACGCCGAGCGUCGAUGGCGCGCCCGACACGCCCUCGCGCGGGCCAUCUCCGUCCGAGCCACGCAAGGACGAGGACGAGCGGCGCAUCGAGGCACCUUCGCCGCUGCCCGAGCAGAGCGUGCUUGCGCGCGGCGUGCCGAAGCACGCGGUCUUUGUGGCGCGACGCAGCAGCAGCCUGCCCGACGCUGCGGCAGUGGCACAGGCCUUGGCGACUGCGCCGCCCGUGUCCAGCCUCGAGCCCAUCAAGCAUUCGUCGACGCUUGCGAUGCGCAUAACGAACGGAGGCGCAACGAGAGUUCCGCCCAAGCCAGCGGCGCAGCAUGCGCAGCAACACCGUCUCUCGGCCGUUCUUGCAGCGUCGAACGAGUCGGCACAGGCCGGUGCACAUCGCUCGUCGCAGCAGUCGCACGACGCCUCGACGUCGGAGCUGACCGCGGCGCUGCAAGCGGCACGCGAGAAGACGCUGCUGGCCGAGAGCGAAGCACGUGCCCAGCAAGUCACUGCCUGCCGCCUGCUGCGCCGCUGUCAUGCCAUGCUCGAACUGCAGCGCCGCCACAUCGCCGCACUCAGCGCUGCCUCUCCGACGUCAGGCGCGUCCGAGACCAACGAUUCCAACCAGGGCUCUGCGGACAGCACCAGCCAGUCGCAGCCGCGCCGAGGCUUCUCGCCGCCGAGCAAGGGGACCAAGGCGGACGACGAGCGCCUGGCGCUGCUCUUGACGGACGUGCGUGCCUUUACCGAUGCCGCCAGCCCACGUCGCCGCGGCGGCUCGAAGGGCGCCAAGCCGCAGGAGCCGGCCAAGGAUGCGCAAGCGGAGUCGCUGCUUCGGAGCGAAAGCCUUGACGGGCGCGGCGAAGCUCCACCCGCAGUCGAGACGCACCAGUCGCCGGGCACCGCCACGACCAAGACGCUUGCGCCGCCGCCGACUCGCCCGCUCGGCGAGCUCGUCGAUGAGUCGGGCUCGCGCGCCGCGUCUGUCGCGGCCAGCGCGCCGACGCACCGCGCGAUCCGCCACAUCGGCAGCUUUGAGAACAUUCCGGGCGCUUCGCCGCCGCCGCAGCGCCCGGUGUCCCUUGUUCCAUCGACCACGUCGGCUGCCGCGCGCUACGCCAAGAGCGUGACGGGCAGCACGCUAUCGGACUCCACCUCGUGACCUGUCCCUGCCUCCACCUUUCGGAGCCCCUCUCUCUUUCUUGAUGUGUACCUACCCAACCAGACUGUCGAAGCUUAUCGGUCCGAUGCUCUCGCGCGACGCGCUGCUAGUGGUGAGACAGGGUAUAUUGCGACGGCUCGGCGAUCCAGCGCCGCCGAAGAUGAUGAGCGAUAGCGACGAGUGACGAGCGAGGAGCGAUGGGCGAGCUGCUCAGUUGUUUCUGA